AUGAAGGAUCUGAAGGUCAUUGUCGUGGGCGGCGGCAUAGGAGGUCUCUCCACGGCGCUGGCCCUCGCCACAGACGGUUAUGAAGUCACUGUGCUCGAGGGCGUGAAAGAAUUCCAAGAGGUGAGCAGCAAGGAAUACCACUUUUGCCCCAGCAUCAUUUCAGCUCACUUCCUCCCAGUAGGCGCGGGGAUUCGCGUCCCUCCAAACUCUUCGCGCCUGACCCGCAGCUGGGGCGUCGAUUUCAGCAAGAUCAAGAAAUCAACCGCUGGCGGCCUCCGCUUUUUGGACUGGAAAGGCGAGGUACUCCUCGACAUUCCGUACGACGACGUAGAAACCAGAUACGGAGCCCUAUACUACUUCAUCCACCGGGCCGACCUGAUCAAACUGCUGGUGGACACGGCGUCCCAACACGCGAAUAUCACCCUGAAGAUGAACAGCAGAGUCCAGGACUACGACUUUGACGCACCCGCCGUCACGCUUGCCACCGGGGAACACCUCAUAGCAGACCUGGUCAUCUGUGCCGAUGGGAUCAAAUCGGCCGUCCGAAACAUCAUCAACGACUCGCCGAUCGAGCCCCAAGACACAGGCGACAUAGCGUAUCGAGUCCUCGUACCGGCCGAACCUCUGAAAGCCGACUUAUCCACGCAACACCUGUUCGAAAAUGUCUGGGCCAUGCACUGGCUGAGGCCGAAAGCCCACGCGGUCGGCUACCCGCUCCGGGGCGGCGAGCUCUACAACAUCAUCAUCGACAUCACCCACGCGACCGACGUAGGCAAACCGAUCGUCGACGAAGAAUGGCGCUCCCAAGCCGACAACACAGAGCUAGUCUGGUGCGAGCCCGUCCGCAAACUGUGCGGCCUGACCGGAUCCUAUCUCAAAUGGAAACUCGCCGACUUCGACCACCUGCAAAGAUGGGUCCACCCGAGCGGGAAGGUCGCUAUCCUGGGCGAUGCCUGCCACCCCAUGAUGCCGUACGCGGCACAGGGAGCGGCCGCGCUGAAAGCGUACGAAACGCAAAGACUCCCCCGCGCGACGCACGUGGCCCAGAACACGAGGAUCCUGCAGGCCUGGUGGCACCUGUACGACGGGUCCGAACGGGACAGGCGAGACGAGAUGAUGCGGCACGACGACCUCGACAACCCGAUCCUCUGGGCCAACACCGAGCGCAAGGAUUGGUUGUUCGGGCACGAAGCCGGCAAACUCGCCGCGACGGAGGAGGACUUGCGGCCUCCUGCGCUGGCGCCGUUGCCGUCGGAGGACUCCAGAGUGUAUAACAUCAAGGAUAGCGAUCUGAGGAGGAAAUUCAGGGGCAUGCGCGAGUGGGACCGCGAGGAUGGGUCUUAG